AACUAAUUCUUGUUUUUGUAAAAAAUCAUGUCGUUUAGCAGUCAUUGACUGGCGACUUCUUUGCGAAAAUAGCAUUGCAUCACAGCAGUUAGCUAGAGCGCUGUUGAAGCCACUUUCGGAUUACGUUACUUUUCUAUAUUUGAAAAAACAUGUGAACUGUUAUCGUGGCAGAGAAUUUUACGACAAUGUUUGCGAUUUAUACGCCAGGCAGAUGAAGGAGUUUUCUCAGCGUGGUGAAGGUACGUUUAGUUUUAGUUAA